AUGGAGUCGAAAAACCGCAAACCCAGCGCCAACGCUCCUGUUCCUGAUACUGCUACUGUUGCUGCUGAUGCUGAUGCUAUUACGGGUGCGGGUACGGGUCUGGGUGCCAAUGCUUCAAAUCGGGUACCUAAAGUAAAGGCAGGGCCCAAGGGUCAGUACCAUCAUAUCAUACCCCGGUUCAUCCUCCGAAAAUUCAUUAUUGAAGGACACAAAAAUCCUGAGGCCAACAGACGAAGGAAAAAUGCUACCCCCGGGCUCUCCGACCCUAUAAACUGCUACCAUGUUCCUAGUGGCAUCUUCUCGGUCUCCUCUAUCGACACCAGCUAUGGUGUUACAGACCUCUACAUCAAUAUCAAGAAUGCUGAUAACGUUUACGAAAUCGAGAAGAAACUCUCUGUUCUCGAAUCCCACGCUGCACAAGCAAUUAGUCUUCUUCUAAAGACUGUUGAGUCUCGUCCACCUGGAGACUUGCCCUCGGGGGAGCCACAAUACUUUAAAAUAAAGCGGAAAUUCCUCAACUACCUAAGGAAGUUCAUGUUUAUCAUGUACUUCCGUAAUGAUGGAUUCAAGGCCCAACAUUUCAACGAAAAACAUCCGGAUAAUUCAGGCGGGGCCGCGUGGAUCCGCGCAUUCAGACAAAAGAAUAAUCUCGAGCCUUCGGAAAUGUGGCUGCAUGUGCUUAAGCACUACCUCGAUACCUCGCACAUCGAUCUGUUUAACCAGGGCCAGAAAGCCAACGAUCAGCUCCACCCCAGCGACAUGGGUCAUGCCCGCCGCGGUAUUAACCCUGAUAUUCAAGAUGCGGAGAUGAUCCAGUACUGGGGCGAAGCAAACAAUUUUUUUCUUGCGGUCUGGGAAGCCGCUGACUGCGAGGAAUUUAUCAUCAGCAAUAAUUCGUUCGGACUAUGGGAGUCGGUGUCCGCGGGGAGUAAAAUAUGCCAGUUUCAUCGGUUCUAUGUCAUUUCCCCCAGAAUUGCAAUUGUUCUAUGUUCAGUUCAGUUACGUCCAGACGUACCACCAGUACCAGAGUUUGAAUUGAUGUAUAGAAAGAGUAUAUUUUGGGGUGCGCCGCAUAGGAGCCCAAGGGUUUCUAAGGAUGGCCAGCUUGUGGGACGCCAGGCGAGAGUAGCCGGGAGUUAUGAGGAGGAUAUUAUGGAAUAUGAGAUUGUGAAGCUCUCAACAAAGUUCACACAUUUUAUCAAUGCAGUGAUCAUGGGGAAUGCUAGAAAGGACACUGGAACAAUCACUUUCCGUACCCCGGCCGCGAUGCUGAGGACACUAGAAGCUUACUCCAGGAAUAUGGAUUAUAAUAACCAGGCCUUAUACCUACCAUUGGUUGAGCAGCUCGUUAAGAUGACCGGGGCCAACAGUUCGACUUUCAGGGUCAUUCCAAAUCCCAACCCCACGAGUAAAACGCGCCCUUUGACAUCACCUAAGGCAGACGACUUGCCCAGCUUCUGGGUGAUUAAUUUAGAAAUACUGGACAGAAUAGAGGCAGAGAAAAAUGACAUACAUUUGGCAGCUUUCAAGACGCCCCUAAAGAAACUGUUUGAGCAGGCUGCGCUCAAGAUUGCGCGGACUCCGCAUGAUGUCAACCCAAAGCCUGCGCGCCUGAAAAGGGAUAUGUCAAAUGAGGACUGCGGCCAUGUCUUUGCGUUGGUGAAGAAAUUCAUAAUGAACUUUUUGGGUUUGGGAAUGUCCCCUGUGUUUCCUGAAUGUACGAUGAUCGCAUUUUUGAGGUGGCUGUUGGCGGAGAGGAGAUUGAUGUUCGAGAUACUGGAGACGAGGCUCCCGUUGGCGGUGAUGCAGUGGGUUUAUGAUGAGCCGGAUAGCGAAAAAAGGGAGGAGGAGUAUAGGAUUCAAAGGGCCAAGAUGUUCCAGAAAAAUUGA